AUGGCAGGGCAAUACUACGCCGUGCCGUCAAACGGCCAGCACGACAUCCAUCUUGAAUUCCAGAACCCGCCGACUACAACUACACCGAGCCCACCACCCAUAACCUUCCAAGGUCUUCCAGCUCGUCGCCGAUCAAAAGUAAAACUCUGGCUCGGCCUCAUCGGCAAAUGGUUCAUCACAGUUAUCUUCAUCAUAGUCGUCUACGGUAUCUUGAUCGCAUAUGCUCUCUACGAUGUCAUAUCGGAGAAGCAGAAGAAGUAUUUUAAUGCGCUCAUCACGGGGUUUCUUAUUGCGCUAGGUCUGUCGACUAUGAGUCAGUUGACACAUGCGGUGCAGGAUUUGAGAUGGUGGAUUUUGAGUAAGCGGCCGAGGUCUCGUCAAAAAGCAACUCAAAUCGGCUAUGCCUCACUGGGUCUAUGCUACUCCGUCGAUAAAACCGAAGAUCAAGCCCUCUUGGUUCCCGGGAACGUCUCCAUCGCGAAUUUAAGCACCAUCUCAAGCUCGAAUAUUAUCGACACAUCCGGCUCAACAAAGAGCGAAGAGUACGCGGCGAACAGCUAUGGGAUCAUAUCCCUGGCUUUGAACGAAGGUAGUCCCGAUGAGAUCCUUUCCCCUGGGACUUUAUUCUUUACAGACAAUGAGGUUCUGUUUAGUGCGGGCGGGUCUUGUGCCUACGUCUUUCGUGAGACGAAUCCGCUUUCUUUGGAUAAUCCGAAAAGCGCUCCUGUCUCAGCGGUCACCGACAGGAAAGUGAAUACCACGACGCAUUGCGACGCGUUGAAGGUCCGUCAAGGUGGCAAUGGAACUGGGCAGCUGAUUACGGUCGACGAUGGGAGCAGAGAAACAAAUAUCACAUUACCUACAAGGGAGGUUCCUGGUGAGAAGGUUUACAUGACAUCUGCCUCUCACAACUGCGGCAGAGGUUGCAGCAUUGUUUGGGUGUUUGAACCUUCGUCGACAGAUCCGUGGCUUUACAACUGCACCGUAGAAAUGGGCCCUGUUGAAAACGCCAAGAGGCCAGAGCAUGAAGUCGGUCAGAGACUGAUGCGCUUAGCAACAUCGGCGAUAGCCCUAGGAGACGCCGACGGCCCUAACGAUACCCGCUCGAACAGCUACCCCGUUGAGUCGGCGUACGGCAUGCCACUUAAUGGCUCAACGGAAUGGCUAGAAUACCUUUUAUCGCGCUUCGCGACGGGCAUGCUGGCAGCUGUAAUCGAAACAAACACAGAUAUUAUACUCGCCGGCCAGAUGCCUACGAUCGGACAGAAACUCAACGUGUCGCACUGGGGAAUCAUUACCUUGAUUUUGUGGAUCACGGCAUUUCUUCAGUUGUUGGUGGCUGUUGUGGCGACUAAGGUGUCGGAACGGGUUGUUGUGCCAGAAGGCGAUUCUCUUUCAGAGGCUAGGGUCUUGAGGGGCAUGGUUGACGAAGAUGUGUUGGAUGGGGAGAGUGCGGGAGGGAAGGGGAAGCGUUUAUGGAUUUAUAGGAAUAGACAUCUUGGUGACGGGCUGUAUGAUUUGUAUAUGGAGGAGGUAAGAACGUAA